AUGAACAUUAAGAGGAUAUGUUCUUGUUGUUCUCAGGCAUCAAAAUUCUGGGGCUCAAUGAAAACGACAGCCUUUGUACUGGGCUGUGGCCUGAUCAUCUUCGUUACUUUCAGGAACUUGCCCACCUGGCACCUACAACAUUUAUGGGGAGCCUCUGGCGUCUUCUGGCAAACUCAAUGGGAGAAUCUGCACCAUCUCCUAGGAGGAAACGAGUGGACAAUUUUCUUUUUAGGCCCUAUACUGCUUCCUUUCCUCAUUUUUUGGACUUUCAAUGGAAUAUUACUGGCAGCAGAUGUGACCGGGAAGCCUCGUUUCAUUACACAAUACCGAAUUCAGUUGGGGAAGAAUGAUCCUGUUGACAGAGAAAAACUGCACCAUGCUAUCAGCACCGUCAUGGUCAAUAGCAUUUUCAUCUCUCUGCCCAUGAUGAUCCUUCUCUUCCCCAUCAUGAAAUGGAGGGGAGACCCAUGCAGUUUGCAGUUGCCCACCUUCCACUGGUUCGUUCUUGAAAUGGCAAUUUGUACUCUAAUAGAGGAAAUUCUUUUCUAUUAUUCUCACCGGCUUGUUCAUCACCCUCUCCUGUAUAAACAUAUCCAUAAAAAGCAUCAUGAAUGGACUGCUCCUAUUGGCAUAGUAUCCCUCUAUGCCCACCCAGUAGAACAUGUGGUUUCUAAUGUGCUGCCUGUGGUCACUGGUCCUUUCCUUUUAAGAUCUCAUGUUAUUUCAACCACUGUGUGGCUCUCUCUUGCCCUUCUGGCUACUACAGUCUCACACUGUGGCUACCAUCUUCCUCUCCUGCCCUCACCGGAAUUCCAUGACUUCCAUCAUCUCAAGUUCAAUCAGUGUUACGGGGUUCUGGGAUUGUUGGAUCGCCUGCAUGGAACAGACACAAUAUUUAAGCAAACAAAGGCCUACGAGAGACAUUUUGUUUUGUUGAGUCUCACACCCCUCACAAAAAGCAUCCCUGAUUCACCCAAGAAGUUAGACUAAAUCUUCCUGCAGUUCACAUCAUACUCCUGUAUCUAAAUAAUCACAAGACUCUGGAUAUGGGUAUAACAAUACAUUUUCUAAUGAAAAAUCACUGAAGCAAGCUUUGGGUUACUGCAAUCAGAAGACAGAAAUCAUUUUAUGCUACAGUACAAUAUUUUGGAAGAUAACAAGACAUUUGUGCCUCCCCAACUCUAAGAGGGAAGAAGAAUGCCAUCUACCACUGGAAACAGGUUGCAGCUGAUUAAAAGGGCAACUGGAAAUUAGGCCCUGCUAUGCUGGGCCCUACUACCUUGACAGCAUCUUAAAAAGCAGAGACAUCACCUUGCCAA